CGACCGCACGAAUAUAGGUAGGAGCCGUUUACGAACGAGUCCUCCUCCGCUUUGAUCCCAAAUCGAGAUCGAGAGCGAGGUAGACCCAAUUCGCCGAUCCUUUCUCGCUCCGAUCUCUAGGGUUUUCGAGGUCCUACGCCCAAUCAUCCCGUUAGCAGUCAAGAGUUCAUGUCUGCUCUCGACGCUCAGCUUCCCACUACUUUUGAUCCGUUUGCGGAGGCAAAUGCUGACGACUCCGGGGCGGGAUCCAAGGAGUAUGUGCACAUCCGCAUACAGCAAAGGAACGGGAGGAAGAGCCUGACGACUGUGCAGGGGCUGAAGAAAGAGUUCAGCUACAACAAGAUCCUCAAGGACCUUAAGAAGGAGUUCUGCUGCAAUGGUACUGUUGUCCAGGACCCUGAGCUUGGCCAGGUUAUCCAACUCCAAGGUGAUCAGAGGAAGAAUGUUUCGGCCUUCCUAGUUCAGGCGGGAAUCGUGAAGAAAGAACACAUCAAAAUACAUGGUUUCUAAACUAUCUCCCUCGAAGAAGUGAUUGGGCUACAAUAUUAAGUAUUGCUAAUUAGACCUCUAUAUAUGUUUGCUACAUUGUGGUUUGAAGCUGUGGAGUUGUUGUACUACUCAACCAUAUGGCCUUGCUCUGUUACUACUUUGUCUAUCUCAUAAGCUUGUACUACUCUCUUUUCUGCUUUAAGCUUUCUUGUUUUUAUUGCUUCA